GUCAGGAACCUAAAAACUCAUUCGUUUGGCUGGAUCUGUUUUCUGCUUCUUAGUGAGGAGACUGCAGUUGGGUCGGGUCGGGUUGUUGGAGGUUCACAAGAACCAUCUCACCUCUCUCUCCCUCCCUCUUGUCUUUUGGUCACGCACUGACUUGGGGUAUAUAGACAUCAUGUGACUCCCAGACUCGGCUCCUACACCGCCAUACCGUACUGUUCAUCCCGUGAAUCCUCUAAGUAACCAAUUACAAAAUCAGUAGGAAAAAUAUCAAAUCUUUCCAUUGUGGGAUUGUUCAGAAUGCAAGUCUCUGUCAUGGGUUCUUCCUACUACUCUGUUUCCAUCCUGUUCUUUCUCCUCUGUUCCACCUCUGCCGCUACCUAUGAUGGGCCGUUGUACGAUCAUACAGCUUACACUGAGUGCCAGGCGACGCCGGAGAAGGCCCUAUACGGCGGAGGAAUUCUGGCCAACCAGCGGUCGGUUCAUUGGAAGGAUCGUGACGAUUCCGGCGUCGGAGAUGCCACGCCGGCUUUCAUUUUGAGCAAUCUCACACAAGGCACAUAUUACUCUUUCUCAGUAUGGGUGAAGGUGAAAGCUGCAUAUCCAACAACUGUAACUGCAAGCCUAAAGACAGACACCACGACAUACUACUGCGUCGGAAGUGCCUCCGCCCACAGGAAUUGCUGGUCGUUUCUGAAAGGCGGGUUCGUUCUCGAGGAGCCGUCAACUUCCUCCAUUCUGUACCUCCAGAGCCCAGCUCGCAAGAGCGUUGGUGUUUCAGUGGCAAGAGCUUCUUUGCAGCCGUUUAGUCCAGAGCAAUGGACGGCAAGCCAGCAGAACGUCAUAGACACUCAAAGGAAGCGAGCCGUGACGAUUCACGUCUCGGAUAGCCAGGGCAACAGGCUGCAAGGAGCUUCGGUCAAAAUUCAGCAACUCUCCAAAGAGUUCCCUUUCGGUUCCGCCAUCUCCAAGACCAUCAUCGGGAACCAGCCUUAUCAGAAAUGGUACCUGGAGAGGUUCAACGCGGUGGUGUUCGAGAACGAGCUGAAAUGGUAUGCGACGGAGCCACAGCAGGGCCAAGUGAACUACACGGUCCCGGACAAGAUGAUGGAAUUCGUGAGAGCCAACGGGCUAAUCGCCAGAGGCCACAAUAUCUUUUGGGAAGACCCCAAGUACACUCCGGCGUGGGUCAAGUCCCUCUCCGGCGCGGGCCUCCACGCCGCCGUCGAGUCCCGGAUCCGGAGCCUGAUGGACAAGUACAGGGAAGAAUUCGUGAACUGGGACGUCAGCAACGAGAUGCUCCACUUCGACUUCUACGAGAACAAGCUCGGCCGCGGCGCAACUCUGCAUUUCUUCCGAACCGCCCACGAGGCCGACCCGCUGGCCACACUGUUCAUGAACGACUUCAACGUCGUCGAGUCCUGCGUCGACAUGAAUUCCACCGUUGACGAGUACAUCGCCAGGAUGAGGGAGCUGCAGCGCGGCGGGGCGACGAUGGACGGGAUCGGGCUGGAGAGCCACUUCUCCAAGCCCAACCCGCCGCUGACCAGAGCGAUCCUCGACAAACUGGCUACCUUGAAGCUACCGAUUUGGCUCACCGAAGUCGAUAUUUCGAACAAAUUCGAUCACUCAACUCAGGCAAGGUAUUUGGAGAAAGUCCUGAGAGAAGGGUUUUCUCAUCCGGCGGUGGAUGGGAUAAUGAUGUGGACUGCGCUGGACUCCAAAGGCUGCUACCAAAUGUGCCUGACGGACGGCAAUCUGAACAACUUGCCGGCGGGGGAUGUGGUGGACAAGUUGUUGAAAGAAUGGUACACCGGCGUGCAGACUGGGAGCUCCGAUCAGCAAGGGUCCUUUAGCUUUUAUGGGUUUCUGGGGGAGUACAGUGUGAAAGUCGAGUACAGUGGAAGAACUGUGAAUUCGACUUUGUCCCUUAGCAAAGGGGAUGAAACUAAACAAUUAAGCAUUCGAGUAUAGGCACCUUAAAAACAUAUAUGAAUGUACUUAGUUCACAAGUUUACUAAUUUAGUUAUUUACGAGGUUUUCUUGAGAGUAAUGACGUUUUGCUAGGUGCUUGUGUGGUUAAUUAUUGUAUGAGUACAGGCAUAGUAUUUUCUAGAUUUGUCACUACUAAAUUCCGCAAAUUAUA